AUGGCGCGUACCAAGCAGACGGCUCGUAAAUCCACCGGAGGUAAAGCUCCCAGGAAGCAAUUAGCCACGAAGGCUGCCCGUAAAAGUGCUCCUGCUACUGGCGGAGUUAAGAAACCUCACCGUUAUCGUCCGGGAACUGUGGCUCUCAGAGAAAUUCGUCGUUAUCAGAAAAGUACCGAAUUGUUGAUCAGAAAAUUGCCUUUCCAACGGCUGGUCCGUGAAAUAGCGCAAGAUUUCAAGACCGAUUUGCGAUUCCAAAGUUCUGCUGUAAUGGCACUCCAAGAAGCUAGCGAAGCGUACCUGGUCGGACUAUUCGAGGAUACGAACUUGUGCGCGAUCCACGCUAAGCGAGUAACGAUCAUGCCGAAAGAUAUACAGCUGGCAAGACGUAUUAGGGCGAACGUGCCUAAUGGAAUUGACGGAUUUACUAUUUGCCGGAAAGAGAGAGAGAGAGAGAGAGAGAGAGUACGGCGUGCGAUAAUAGGUUAUAAAAAAAAAAAACGGUUCUUUUCAGAACCAUCAUAUAGUAUGUUCAGAAAAAGGGGAUCGUGUAUUAUGUUAAGUAUAUCAGAUUGUUGUUUGUACGCGUGCAAUUUCGACACUAUUAUCGUGUAUGCAAAAUAG